AUGAAUCAGUGUUUCCACCGAUUUCGACCUGUUUGUGCCUCAUUGGCGCAAGAGCCUAAUCUCCCAUUGCUUCAGAAAUUGGCAGAGAUGUGCAAUGAAAGCUCAUCCCAAGAACUGGAACAGCUCCAAGAGUACAUUCUGUUCCCAUUGCAAGUGUACUUGAAAAGGCCACACCUGAAUGAAAACUUUUCGAUUGCUGUCAUCGAUUUCAUAAGUAAUUACUUCUCCCGCGAAGACGUACGUGUGAGCUCGUUCUUCAUUCUCAAAGAUGUCACCACCCAUAUUUUGACGAUAUUGAGUGGGUUGUCUGUCAAGGACGGUGGUCUUUCAAACGUCGACAAGCCAAUUUCUGAGGAUUUGAGGAUCGCGGGCUUAAAAUGCAUUCGAACUUUGGUGAAAUGCGUUUCCAAGGACGAAAUUCUCGUGGCAUUCUUCAGCCAAGACAUGAAGCUUACAUUAAGUCAUCUGGCUUUCCUGGCCUUGAAUUGGGUUCAGAAGGAAGUAGCCUUAAAAAAGUUGAAUCUGGUCACCUUGGCCAUGCUGGAGGGCUUAGUUCCCCAUGAGAUGAAGGUCAAAGACCACUUUUGCCGGACCUUUGAGGGACUUUUGCCGGGCAUUUCUACGGCCUUAAUCAAAAUCAUCAAAGAUCCGGACUUUCGACGCAGCCUCAAGGUCAAGGCCAUGGCCUUGAGAACCUGGACCCAAUAUGUGACUUGUUUGUUGGGAGACGAACAAGUAAGAAAUUCAACGGCUGUCAAUGUGGAGUGGUUGAACAAGGCCAAAGACCAUAUGCUGAUGCAGUUGCAGGUCUUGCUCGGCCUGUCGCACUCCUUAAUCGAGUUGUCAAGCUUGACUCUUCGUGAAGAGAUGUUCCACGCCGUCCUGUCCCUUCACGAUUUGUGCCAUGACACCUUGAACAAUCUGAUUUAUGUCGAAGUUCAACUCUUGGCCAGUCUUUCCGUGAACCUUCAUGGUGAGAGCAAGAUCCAUUUGAAGAGCCAGGACCUUCUGAGAAGUGUGUUGAACGAUAAUCCUGGCAUUGACAAGGCUAAAUUGGUCCAAGAAUGCCAACAAGAGAUCUUUGAGUUGAGCAUAGACCUUGAGAGAAAGCCCGGGUUGUUUGAAACCGUGGAACUUGGGCGGAAACUGAUGAAAAUGGAAAGUCAGUUUGUGCUUCUGAGUUUCACCAAGCACGAGAGUUAUUUGUUCCUCUCGCAAACCUACUUGGACCAAUUGCUCAAUGGUCUGCUAAAAGUGAUCCAGUUGGAAUCCACGCCACACAUUUCAGAGUUCUACUUUGAGGAUGACUUGGAUCUAGAUUAUCUGUUCCAACCGGAACUCCAACUGAAAAACCCGGCUCGACCCAAGAAAUACUUCGUCUAUCUUAGGACAGAAGAAUUGGUUGAGCGGUUUUUGGCCGUGCUUUCCAGUCUGAUCGAGCAUGCUCACUUCAGGGACUUGAUUCGCUCCAUUCUGGAGAUCCUAAAUGGUUCGAAACCAACCUCAAAGGACCAAGCUUGGGCGAAUCGUCAACGCGAAUUGGUUCUUCUCCUCAACCAAGUUUUACAAGUUUUACUCGUCAAUCAUGAAUCUUCAUUUCGAGACGCGCCUACCCAAUCGGACAUGGGUGAAAUGUUCGAGCUUCUGCUAAGUUGCUUCCUCAGAUUGGAUUUGAGCGGGUAUGGAGAUGCCGAGGCCUCCGCCCAUAAAUGGAUAGCCCCCAUUCGAACCAAUGGCUUGGACUCGGCGUCGUCCAUGGAAACCAAUGACUUGAAGGUCACAAAAAUGGAUUGGCCUCUCCGAUGUUUGGUCUUUGAGACCAUCGGCUCAUUGGCUCUGGUGGCCCAAAAAUUCGAUUGGACCGGGCUGAAAUUCAAUUACACGGGUCAAUUGUUGGUCAAAAUGUUGUCAUCCUGCGACGCCUCUCGAAACCAUGAAGGCCAAGUGUUGUAUUUUGCUCUCCGUGAUCUUGCAAAGGGUUGCGAGUUCCACGAUAUUUCCGCUUUGUUGACUCACCAUGUGGAUUUCCUGGGUCGUGAUCUAACCCUCCUCCUGCGUCAAAUGUAUUCUAAUAAUGGACCCAAAUCUCCGAAUCAAACCCAUCUGUUAGGCAAUCAAAGAAGUUCGCCUUUGUUGGGUAUCCCCACUCUUUUAAAAGUGGUUCUCCGUCUGAAAAACGUGGGCAAUUAUCCCGGACUACGAGAUGCAUUGGGGAGUCUUUUGGACCAACUCGAUUUAUCUUGGCUUCAUCCGAACAAAUCUCUGACAACAAAAAUCCUCAGAAUCAUUCUUGUCUUUGUUCAAAGUUUUGAAGCCAGUCGUGAUGAGCCAUUGAAGAACGAGGAAAAAAUCGAUUUUAUGGCCUUGGCCGAUGAACAAGGCUCUAUUACUAAAUUCAUGUCUGAUUUGCAGCAAGGCCAAGAGGUGGACGACGAAGAAUGUGACGAAGAAAGCCGUUCCUGCCCUCCCAAGGGAUUUCAUGACAACAAAUUGACUCCUGAAGAAGUGCAAGUCACGGAGGAAAAUGAACUCGACGACUCGGCCGAGGAGCCAGAGGAGCCCGAGCCAACGGUUACCGAGCGGACCGAAUUGAUAAAGGAGAUCGUUGAUCACACCCGGCAUUUCAUCUCCAUGGUGAAGCGACCCGAGUGGCAAAUCGCGGCCUUGGAAAUCGUUCACCGUUGUGCCAUUCUUCUGCAGCCACACAAAGAUGAGUUACUGCCCCUCGUCCAUCUGUGUUGGCAAUCAUUGAAGCUCCUAUUUUCCUCGGAAAACAUUUUCGUUGUGGAUCAAGCUUUCAAGGUGUUACGGACAUUCGCUCGCGUGGCUGGAGACUUCAUUCAGCGAAGAACACUCAAGGAUGCAUUUCCGGCCAUCUUGAAAUAUGUAAAGAGCUUACAGAUCAUGAUCCAGGACCGGAAUCGUCAUCAGACCCUGAUUGCCCGCCAAUCCCGUCGUCUUCUUCAGAGUCUAAUGGAGGGUCUGUGGGACUUUAUGGCCUUGCUCGACUUGGAUGAACGUGAAGUAGAUCUGAUCGUCGAGGAGAUGCUCGAGUUUGUCAGAUUUGCACGAGAGCAAAUAAUAUGCGAGGAAUCCCAGUUGGAAAGCUACUUCAAGCCCAAGAGACUCGUUGAUCAUGAUACGCUCAUGAUGAAAUUGGAGUUCCAACGGAGCCAAAGGGACGACCAAGAAGAGCCACUAGCCCAUCCACCCAAUUGAAACAGGCCGAUGAUCGGACACCAUGAAGAUAUUUAAACCACAUAGCCCGGAUGAAACUUUUCCAACCUUCAAUAACGUCCAGAUUUAUGAUAUGAACAUUCUUCCAUGCCGUAUUGCUAAUGGUUACUUUUUUGUAAGUGGUCUUUUUACGCUGAGAUUGUACCUCCUUUGAGGAGGAUUACUGUGUCGGUCUCGUUAGGACUCAAUAAAUUGAGAAUAUCCCCCUGA